GAUUGUCGUGUUGUGUAUCUGGCGUCAGGUGGCGAUGAAGAACUAACGACUCAUAUUGAGCUCAUACAAAGAUAGCAGAAGAAGAGGACGAACCGAGGUGGAUAUAAUCAGCCAAAAUGAUUGGAGAUCUUAUCAUUUUUGGCACCCUGCUCGUGAACGCCGGCGCUGUGCUCAACUUUAAACUAAAGAAGAGAGAAACGCAGUCUCAGGGGUUCGGCGAUGAAUCUGGAUCGUCCAGAACUGGUGACAACAUCAGAGAGUUUUUGCUGAGUCUGCGGUACUUUCGUAUAUUCAUUGCUCUUUGGAACAUUUUCAUCAUGUUUUGCAUGAUCUUGCUAUUUGGUUCAUAACUGAUGGCUGUUACACUGAGGAUCACUACAGACACAAAAGAUCUAAUUGUUGCAGCAUUGGGUGGAUUUUCUUGUAACAGGUUUUUUUAUGGUGAUGUCUUAAACAGUCUCAUCCAACGUCUUACAAGACGUCUGUAUAUUUUGUACAGAAGUGUGUAUGAUUAAUUUUGGUUUUACUUUCUAUUAAUCAAAUGGGGUCAGGAAACACACAUGGGAACUAUGUUUUUGUUUAAAUGUAGAGUUUAAAGCAGAGCUUGCAUUUGGAGGGUGAAUGGUCUUUUCUGUACCCUAAACUAAUACUGUCAGUUAUUCCAAUUUUAGAUGUACUAUCCACUAAAUGUAAAACCUUUGAGAAGCAAAAUUUGUGACCAUUCAUAAAAAAUGUCAAUAAACGUUUAAAUUAAA